AUGUUUAUGCUUUCCAAUGAAAAGCCUAUUAUCAAUGAUGUAACUUCAUCUCUAAUUUCAGGAAGUCAUAUUAAUGAUAUGACUUCUAAAUCGUCAUUCAUUUCAGAAAGUCAGGAAAAAACAAUCAAUCAAAGAAGAAAGAAAAACAAAGCAUUACUUUCUCCACCACAAAUUUCUCAAUCACCACCUCCAUCACAAAUUUCUCAAUCACCACCUUCAUUACAAAUUUCUCAACUACAACCUCCAUCACAAAUUUCUCAAUCACCACCUCUAUCACAAAUUUCUCAAUCACCACCUUCAUUACAAAUUUCUCAACCACAACCUCCAUCACAAAUUUCCCAAUCACCACCUUCAUCACAAAUUUCUCAAUCACCACCUUCAUUACAAAUUUCUCAACCACCUCCAUCACAAAUUUCUCAAUCACCACCUUCAUUACAAAUUUCUCAACCACCUCCAUCACAAAUUUCUCAAUCACCAUCUUCAUCACAAAUUUCUCAACCACAACCUCUAUCACCACUUAUUUUAGAAGAGUUUUUGAAUGAUUUUACUAUUGAUCAAAUUUUUUCACCUGAACUUGAUUAUAUUGAAUCAUAUUUUAUUAAUGGAUUUAACUUUUUUGAUUCCAUGAAUUAA